AUUGUUAUUGACACAAUGUUUAUUUGUGUUUGUGAAGAUGAGCGUCUCAAUCCCAAUGGAGGAGAAUGGAGUAAUUCUCGGGUUUUGAAAGCCCAACGUUCAGAAGAAGGGGCUGAGUUAACUCCUAUUAAUACUCGUGACAGAUCGUGAAAAUUUGUUGUCUUAUUUGUAGUUAAGAUAAGUUUUCUCUGUAUAUAGAUGCUUAAUUGUUAUCCUGUUAAAUUUCUUGUCAGAAAAAAAAUUAGGAAGAGUAUUCGACACUUUAAGGUAAGCUUUAUAGAAUGUAGUGGUUCAACAAUUAUGAUCAAAAUGUGGUUAUUGAAAACAAAAUUGAAACAAGAAGAAAAAAUAUAUACUUUUUUAGUUCUUUUAUGUGAAAGAAAUCUUUUAGUAAAUAUAAUAAUCCAAAGUUGAUCAAUUAAAGUUUUAUCACAAUUUCUUUGUGAAAUGAAGGUUGGAAAUUCAUUUGUCUUUCAUGUUGACAUGUUUUAUGUAAAUGCUUUGUGGUUUUGCGAGUCAUGAAUUUACAGAAUAUUUAUGUUUGAAGACUGGUUGAAUGAAUAAAUGAAGAAUGAAUGAUUGAAUGAAUGAAUGAAUGAAUGAAUGAAUGAAUGAAUGAAUGAUUGAUUGAAUGGUUGUAUCAGCAAUUGGGAAAAAUAAAUAUAUGAUGAAACUGUAGUAUUAAGUAAAGGAAGGCACAAAUUAGUUAGUAAAGAGCGUUUGAAUUUACAUUUGUAUUUAUGGAAUACUUUAUUAAUUGUGCAUAUAUAUUCUGUGUAAAAUGCAUCACAAAACAAUGUGUCAAUACACAGGUUCCACUUAAUUUUUGUUUCUAUUGUCUCCAUCAUGUAAUAUGAAAACCAGUGUACAAUAUCAUUACAUUAAUUGUGCUGCCAACAUUAAAAUCUUCCCCAUUCCAUGCAACUUAUUUUAUGUAAUAUCUUUUAAGUAUUAGCAUUUCAUGUUUCAUUCACUCCCUUGUGGUAUUUGCUUAUAAAAUCAGAAAUUGUGCAAACACAUGGCACUUAAUAUGUAAUGAAGAUCAUAUAUUCUUCCUCUGUGCAGAGUUCAGAAACAACUGUCUGCAAUAACUUUGGUUUGAUGUGACUGUUUGUACUUUGCCUAUGAAUUUAACAAUGUUAAAAAGAUAAACAAAUAUUUUGAUUACUGCAAAUGAAAGGGAAGGGAUUAAGUGUUAGUUGUUUAUUUCAAAGUUGACAGAUGCUUGAUGUUAUUUUAUAAAACAGUGGCUCUGUGUAUGUGGUUCAUACGUUUUCCUUGAAAUGUGCCAUACAUUUUUGGACAGAAUGUGUAGCAGUCCAUUGUGCCUAAUUUAUAAUUGUUUCAUGAUUGAAUGUGAAGUUCCUUUUGAAAUUUGCCAACAGCCAAUAUACUGGAAAUAAAGUAUGUUACUGUAUUUUAAACUAGUUUAGAUUCACAGUAUUUUUUGUAACUUUUACAACAAAAAAAUAGCCUAAAGUACGUAGCUGAAUGCACAUGUCAGUUUAAUUUAGUACGUUUAGAAAAUAUGCAGUAAAUAUGCCUUUCUCUUGUGCUCAAGUGCAUUAUAAGUCAAAGUUGAUUUGAAAGAAAACAGUAGUGCAUAAUUGAAUGAGUAAGUUGAUGUUACAAAAACCACAUCUGUUUUUAUAACAAAAUGCUCUUUUCUAAUGUCAUGUUGUAUUGAUGGUUUAAACCAGGCCUGGCCAACCCAUGACCUGCAGAUUACAUGUGGCUUGCCAUGUUAAAUUGAGCUGCCCUCCAGACAAUUUUAUAUUACAAAUAUUGAAACUUUAUUUCUUGUUAUAUGUAAAAAAAUAUUAAACAAAUGAAAAUUUACAUGUGCUCCUAUUAACAGUUGCACAAAACAAAGAAUUUGAGAUAAUUUUCCCAAGUUUGUCAUUAUGUAUUCUGUUUAGCCAGCUAGGUUUAUGUCUAGCUAGCUAGGUUUAAGCAUUGUGUUGCUGCACAUUAAAUGGCACGUGUCACAGGUUAACACUAUCUUAUGGGAAGAGGCACUCGAGCUCUUAAGCUGUUCCACAUAAGAUAUAGUAUUAAUCUACAUUGCACAUUAUUUAACAUUCGUCAGUGCAACACUUGUGUCACACAGGCCUUAGCAUUUAAAAUAACUACAGUGUAUAAACCAAAAUAUAGAGUAGGUGAGCAAAUUUGUCACAUUGGCACAGUAUGGCAUGAAAAUGGCUUUCGUUUUGUUGCUCUGAAUUAGCAAUUGAUAGAGUAUCUGCUAUGGUAGGUAAUAAUAAAGGAGCUGUAAAAUUACUUGUAGACAAGCUAGAUUGCAGAGACCAAAUCAAAGAUGUGUUUGUAUUCACUGAUACAACAAGAAAAUGUAUGUGGUCGUAUUCUAUCCAUGAAUUAUGUUAGAAAUGUAGUUAUAAUGAUUGUAAAUUACAUUUGGUGACUGGUCAGCAUCAGCAAUUGAAAGAAUUCCUUAGUGACAUAUCUACUGACUAUGAUGAUAACAUAUAUUUAACAAAUGUUUAAUGGUUAAGGCAUUGAGAAUUCUUAAAAAGAUUUGUGAUUUAUGAAAGAAAGAAAUCUCUUGAAUUAAGUUUCCUUCAUUUCUCAGAAUUAAUCAAAUGUGCUACAUAGUGUGGAAUAUUUUCAUGCGCAUUUAAUGUUGGCGUGAACAAUGUUCCUGAAAAUGUGAAAAUGCUUAUAGUGCAAUAAUGAAAUGAAACACAUACCAUUACUCAUGUCAGGAAACCAAUUAGAAACUCAGAUCUUAUCCCUGCUGGGGCUGUGCCUAGCUGGCAGAGAUUCCUGGAAGAGGGAAUAUUCUGCAUGCAGACAUGUAUGUUGGCACCAGAUCUGAUGUUUUAGCAGGGAUAAAACACCACCUCUCAUGUUGUAACUUUCACUACAUGUAUGUGAUUAAUGACUAGAAACCAGAAAUUUGGCAAAAUGCCCCUCUAUAAUUGGUCAAUUUUAAGAAAUUAGACAAUAGGUGUGGUUUAACUGUACUUCAUUUUAUUAUUAACUUGAUUGGCCACAUUGGACCACUUGAGUCGUUCCACUUCACUUAUGGUUGACUGUCGAAGGUAUCACCUUGAGGUGAGGAUAAAUCCUGGAGUUACAAUUCUGUUAUUCAGAAAGGUGAUGAGAGAUGGAGGAUGAUGGAUGAUAGGGGGUGAAAGGACGAACACAAUACAACCAAGCCCGAGGCUGGACUCGAACCCGCGAUCUUUUGGUACGAGAUCGGUACGGCACUACUGCCCUAGCGAUCUCGACCACCGGAUCGGCUGUACUUCAUUUAUUUUAGAAGAUUUUAAUUUUGUCUGUUUUUGGUAUUUUGCCUUAUUUUGCUCUUUUCAUUUUCCUUAAUUCAUGUUAAAAAUCAUCAAAGAAAGUGUGAA